AUGCCUCCAUUGGACGACAGAUCAACUACCCCCACGCUAUGCCCAGCUGCUGUUGCAGUUGAGCGCCUAUUUGAUGAGGAUCUUCUUAAAGUAUCCAAUAGCCAGAAACGCCCCAAACGAAGGGGCUCAGUUGACAAGGAUGUUAGUAGGGCUCUGAAAAUUUCCCGUGCUGCAAAUAUACUCGUUACUGAAACUGAAGAUCAAGACCCCAGUUUCAUACAUAUCUCAACUGCUCUCAAUGAUAAUGGCCAAAUCAUUAACUUUGACGAACCUUUGGAAAGAAUACCUGUAACUACAUUGAGAUAUCCUCCAGAUACUCUUCAGAAGUGUAAAACUAUCAAAGAGUUUGUUGACCUCCCACCAGAUAGGUUGAAGGAGUGGUUAGAGUUUUACUCCCUUCCGACAUCCGAACGUCCUAGAGGUUUACUCAAAGCUCUCGAGGUUGAUGUUUUCGUAGCUAUUGAUAACAGAAAUCAAGCUAACAAACAAUUGAACUCAGAAAUCGAUAGUUCGAAAGAUCCUUUGAAGACAAUUUUGAACCCCAAUGGCCAGUCUCCACCGGUUGAAUUACCAACAAUCCAGGCAAUUACAGAAUUAGUCGGCGAGGAUCUCAAAAAGGUAAUGAGCUUUUAUGAUCAUGAUCUGUAUGAUGAAAUCCACAGAAUGAUCCUUAGAUCGGUUGGAAUUGACGUUUCCUCAGCUAUAGAUAACAAAAUUUAUACUAGAAAGCAAUUAAACUCAUCUAUCAUCGACCACAAAGAUCAAUUGGAACCAAUUUUGAACCACAAUGGCCAGUUUCCACCAGUUGAAUUACGUACCAUCCAGGCAAUCAUAGAACUAACCGGCGAGGAUCUCAAAAAGGUAAUGAGCUUUUACGAUCAUGAUCUGUAUGAUGAAAUCCACAGAGCGAUUCUUAGAUCGGUUGGAGUUUAA